AUGAGUAUCGAUAGUUUUUUUACUGCUGUAUCAGAUAUAACAAAUUUAAAUGGUACUGGAUCUAUUACGGGUAACAAAGGUCGCUUUAAAGUUAUUCAUUUCGACGAGGCUGAUGAAGUUCCAUCGAUUUCUGCAAAAGAACCACAAGACCAAGAUCGUGUACAUGAAGAAUCACUUCAACCGAUAGAAUCUAAAGAAAUCGGAAAUAACAUUGAAACUGAUUUAGUCGUAGAAAAAGAAGCUGGUUUUCUUAAAAAUCUAUAUGAUUAUCAAGGUGGAACGUUUAUGCCUAUCGUCGACGAUGUAUCGAAAUCAUCUUCAAAUGCUGAAUUAAAUACUCUAUUUGGUGUUUAUCUUCCAUGUGUACAAAAUAUAAUUGGCGUUAUCGUUUUUAUUCGACUCUAUUGGGUUAUUGGUGUCAGUGGAAUUAUUCAAGGAAUGAUUAUCAUUGGUCUUUGUUGUUUAUGUACUUUUCUUACGGCUAUUUCAUUAGCUGCAAUUGCAACGAAUGGUAUAGUUCCGGCAGGUGGUUCAUAUUUUCUUAUAUCAAGAUCGUUAGGUCCAGCCGUUGGUGGAGCUGUUGGAUUUUUAUUUUACAUAGGCAAUGCUUUAGCUGGUGGUCUGUAUGUAUUAGGUGCUAGUGAAAUUCUACUGAAAUGCCAUUUAUUUGGACCACCUAUUGAAAAUCAACAAAGCUCAUUUAAUCACUAUCGUAUAUAUGGUAGUAUUUUGCUUCUAAUUCUUGGCAUUAUUGUUUUUCUAGGUAUAAAAAUUGUUUCACGAAUAGCACCAUUUACUUUACUCGUUGUUUUUCUUUCUCUUAUAUCAAUUUUAAUUGGUAUAAUCAAAAGUGCUGUAGCACCGACGUAUUUACCAAUAUGUAUCAUUGAAAAAGAUAAUAUAAAACAUUUAAUUAAAUCAUCGAUCUUAAAAAAUAAUGUUCUUCGCUAUUGUCAUCCGAAUGCAACAUGUAAUGGAGAACCAUGCCCACUUCAUCAAGCUGUAUGUUUAAAUAAUAUGAGUAGAAAUAUUAAUUGCAAUGAUAUGAAUAAUGUCUAUCUAAUCAAUGGAAUACCUGGUUUGAAAAAUUCACAAUUUAGUAAUAAUUUAAAAGCAACAUAUAUGAACGAAGGUGAAAUAGAUAAUGGAAUUAUAGUUGGAAUUUUCUUUCCGAGUGUCACAGGGAUUAUGGCAGGAUCGAAUCGAAGUGGCGAUUUGAAAGAUCCAAGUCAAUCAAUACCUCGAGGAACCAUUUUGGCCGUUAUAACAACAUCAUUGAUCUAUAUUCUAAUAGCAUUUCUUAUUGCAUGUUCAACUCAAGGUGUACUUUUACGUGAUCGAGAUGGCUUAAGUAUUAAUCAACAACUUGUCGAAGCAGCUGUCGCAUGGCCGUCACCUUAUGUAAUAAUAACGGGAGCAUUAUGUGCUUGUUUUGGUGCUGGAUUACAAUGUCUUAUUGGUGCUCCGCGUCUAUUACAAUCGGUAGCAAAAGAUGAUAUCAUGCCAAUAUUAAAACCGUUCCAAUCGACAUUUCGCGAUGAACCUUUUAAAGCUUUGUUAUUCACAUUAGCUUUAUCGGAAAUAAGUGUACUUAUUGCUAAUUUUGACGUAGUAACAACAAUGGUUUCUGAAUUUUUCCUGAUGUGUUAUCUAUCAGUUAAUUUUGUUUGUAUUCUUCAAACACUUUUACAUGAACCAUCAUGGCGACCACGUUUUCGUUUCUAUCAUUGGUCAUUAUCCCUUCUUGGCGUGAUUGUCUGUAUUGCAAUUAUGUUGAUAUCAUCAUGGUAUAUUGCAUUAGUAAGUUUAGUAGUGGGUACGAUCGUUUACAUUUAUAUCUGGUACACGGGUGCAAAUAAAGAAUGGGGUGAAGGUUUAAAAGGUUUACCCAUGUCGGUAGCACAUGUAGCUCUAUCACAUUUGGAUGAUCGACCCAUGCAUACGAAAAAUUUUCGACCACAAAUUUUAGCGUUUAUUAAAUGUAUUUAUAAUGAAAAUCAACAUCGAUGGAUGAUUCAACAUGAAAAAAUAAUUGGCCUAUUAAGUCAAUUGAAAGCUGGAAAAGGUCUUGUUAUUGUAGCAACGGUUAUACAAGGCAAAUACGAUGAAAAACGAGACAUAGUUGAACAGUUACGUCAGUAUUUAAAAGAACAAAUGAUUACACAUAAAAUUCUAAAUGGAUUUAUUGAUAUACUUGUUGCUAAUAAUGUUUACGAUGGUAUUAAUUCAAUUAUGCAAACCAGUGGUGUUGGUGGAUUUCGUCCGAAUACGGUUAUAUUCGAUUGGCCAACAUCAUGGCAAAAAUAUCAAAUCGUUGGACGCAUCGAUGAUACCAUUGUUUCUUAUCUCGAUUCUAUACGUCUUGCAGAAAAUAAAAAUUUUGCUAUAUUACUUCUUAAAAAUAUUGAUUCAUAUCCAAGUUUAUUAGAUAUUCAAUCUGGCUAUAUUGACGUUUGGUGGAUAAUACACGAUGGUGGUUUAUUAUUUCUUUUAGCAUUUCUUCUACAACAACAUUAUGUUUGGAAUAAAUGCAUUUUGCGUUUAUUUACAAUAUGUUUACCGAAUCAAGAACCAGACAUACAAAAACGUGAACUUGAACAAUAUGUUUAUCAGCUACGCAUCAAAGCUGAAGUUCAUGCUGUUAUAGUUGCUGAUCAAGAAAUAUCUGCGUUUACAAAAUAUCGAACGAUGACAACAGUUAAUUCAAAACACUUCAAUCCAUUUGAUUUCAAUGAAAAACAAGUUAAUCUUGAACGAGAGCAACAUAUACAAGAAAUGUUUCAAAAUUAUCCUGCAGAUGGCGGUCAUAUUCAUUAUACAUUUACACCGUCGUCCAUUGAAAUCAAUCAAGGAAACCAUUUGACAUAUACACUUAUUGAAGAUAUACAAGUACGGAAAAAAAUGCAUUCAGCUGCUCGUUUGAAUCAAACGAUUCUCGGACGAUCACGUGAUUCACAAUUAGUUCUUAUUAAUUUACCUAAACUUCCUCGAACAAAUGCUAAUGCUGAUUAUGCAUAUAUACAAUUUGUUGAUCAAUUAUGUGAAGGAAUCUAUCGAUGUAUACUUGUAAAAGGCGGUGGUAGAGAAGUGAUUACUAUAUUCUCAUAA